GCUGGUGGCUGGAGAUGCAGCAUCUCGGAUCCCCCCCCCAAUAACACCAGGGGGGAAAAAUAAGGAAAAGCAAGGUGGGAGGAGAGAGAGAGAGACCUUUCGGUCCUCAUCAACCGGGCUGGCAGCUACAUCCCUUCCAGAAAAGCCAGGCGAAAAACCACUGUAAACUAAAAGAAAAAAACAACAUGAGAGCAUCUUGUCUUUGCACGCUGUGAAAAUCCUCUUUUUUUCUUCCAUCCCUGCAGGUCUCUCUCUUCCCCCCCUCCUUUUGUUUUUCCUUUACAAAAGGUGCUUUCUCUCUCUCUUUUUUUUUCCCUCCUCCUUGCAUCGUAACCCAACCGGUGCAGAGUUUCUGAGAGCAGGAAAGGGGGAGGAAUUGGGGGGGUUGCUCCCCCCUUUUCCCCAACAGCCCCCCUCCAUGUCUUUUCUCCCUCUCUCUCGUCCCUGGUUCGCACCUGGAUCCCGGAUUGCUGCAGCCCGGAGGGGGAGAUGAAACCCGAGGCAAGACAGAGACAGGUGUAAAAGGAGGAGCAGGAGAGAAAAAGAAGCAGAGGAAAAUUUCCCCUUCGAAAAGCUUGGAGAGAGCCGGGUGUGUGGUUUUUUGCUUCUUUUUUAAUCGAGAUCUGCAGCAGAAAGGGGGAAGAAAGAGAGGAGAAAAUCUUAACUUCCCGAGGACUCCAGACCAUUCAAGGUGUGAACGGCCCUACGCGUGAACAUCAUGAUCCCCCUCUCUCUGCUGAUCAUCCUUAUCCUCAUCUGGGAGGCACGGAUCGAGGCCCUGUUCCCCGAAGAACCUGGCCCCAUCAGUGUGGCCCUGGAUGACUAUGUGAAGCAAUAUUCUGUGUUCGUGGGCAACAGGGUGGGCCGAUUCUCCAGCCAAGAUGGGGGAGCCGAGCGCCUGAAUAUUCAACGGAUGCUGAUUGUCAACCGGACUUUGUACAUAGGGGAACGGGAUAACUUGUACCGCAUCAGUUUGGAACCCACUUCAGCUGGAGAGAUGCGCUAUCAUCGGAAAUUGACAUGGACAUCAAAUCAGCAUGAUAUAAACAUCUGCCGGAUGAAGGGGAAACACGAGGCAGAAUGCCGGAAUUUCAUUAAAGUCCUACUCCUUCGCAAUGACAACAUGCUGUUUGUGUGCGGGACCAACGCUUUCAACCCGAUAUGCGCCAACUAUAGCAUGGAUGCUCUUGAACUCAUCGGGGACAACAUCAGCGGCAUGGCCCGGUGCCCUUACGACCCCAAACACGCCAACGUCGCCCUCUUCACAGGGGGCAUGCUCUUCACCGCCACCGUGACGGACUUCUUAGCCAUCGAUGCGGUCAUCUAUCGCAGCCUCGGGGACAGUCCGACCCUGCGCACCGUCAAGCAUGACUCAAAGUGGUUCAAAGAACCCUACUUUGUCCACGCCGUGGAGUGGGAAAGCCACGUCUAUUUCUUCUUCCGGGAGAUUGCCAUGGAAUUCAACUACCUAGAGAAGGUGGUGGUCUCACGGGUGGCGCGCGUGUGCAAGAACGACCUGGGAGGCUCCCAACGGGUGCUGGAGAAACAGUGGACGUCCUUCCUCAAAGCUCGGCUCAACUGUUCAGUCCCGGGGGAUUCCCAUUUUUACUUCAACGUCAUCCAGUCGGUCACGAACAUCUUAGAGAUCGACGGGAGACCGGUGGUCCUGGCCGUCUUCUCCACCCCCACCAACAGCAUCCCCGGGUCGGCCGUCUGCGCCUUCGACAUGUCCCAAAUCGCCUCCGUCUUCGAAGGACGCUUCCGGGAACAAAAAUCUCCGGAAUCAAUCUGGACCCCGGUGCCGGAGGAGUUGGUGCCGAAGCCGCGGCCCGGUUCUUGCACCGCUCCGGGAAUGCGCUUCAACUCCUCCAGCUUCCUCCCGGACGAGAUCCUCAACUUCGUCAAGACGCAUCCGCUGAUGGACGAGUCGGUGCCCUCGCUGGGCAACGCUCCCUGGAUCAUCCGGACUAUGGCCCGGUAUCAGCUGCGGAAGAUUGUGGUGGAUCCUGCGGCCGGACCUUCCCGGAACCACACCGUCGUCUUCCUGGCCUCCGACGUGGGCACGGUCCUGAAGUUUCUCAUCCGAGCCAACAUCAGCAGCAGCGCCACGACCCUACGAGCGAGUAGCCGCAGCUUGCUGCUGGAGGAGUUCGAAACCUACCCGAGUGACAAGUGCGGAAAAGACAACGUCGCUGAGCGCAGACUUCUGGGAAUGGAACUGGAUAAAGCCACAAGCUCGCUUCUGCUGGCGUUCACCCCCUGCGUGGUCCGCGCGCCUCUGGCCCGGUGCCACCAGCACUCCGGCUGCAUGAAGAGCUGUUUAGGGAGUCGGGACCCCUACUGCGGCUGGACCCCGGAAGGAUCGUGUAUUUUUGUGGAUCACAAUACCAGGGUUCCCUUUGAGCAAGACAUCAGCGGGGCCAGGACUUCACAUCUCGGGGACUGCGAAGGGCUGAUGACCGAAAGUUUUGUGGACGAACCGGACGGCCUGGUGUCGGUCAACCUGCUGGUGAUCUCCUCCGUGGCGGCCUUCGUCAUCGGGGCGGUGAUCUCGGGCUUCAGCGUCUGCUGGUUUAUCGGCCACCGCGACCGGAAGGAGCUGGCCCGCCGGAAGGAUAAAGAGAACAUCCUUUCUCACAGCGAGUCGGUGGUGAGCGUCAGCCGGAUGGGCGAGCGGCGGGCUCGGGGGGCCCCCGGCGGUGGCCCGCCGGAGAACCUGCUGGCCCCCUUGAUGCAGAACGGCUGGCCCAAGGGGCUCAUCAAAGUCAGCCAGCACGACCUCGAUUCGGGGGUGCUCCCGACACCGGAGCAAACUCCCUUGCAGCAGAAGAGGUGCCCCAAACCCUGCACGUGGGAAUACAGCCACAACCUCAUCAACGCUUCCCUGCGGGGCGGGGACCCCCCGUCCUCCGUGAUCCUCCUCCACGCGGGCCACACCCCGGUGUCUGCGCACCACCUCGGCUCAGGGAGGGUCCUCCCCGUUUCCUGCCACUCCAUGCUGAUGGACCAGGACUUGGAGAGCGGAAGCAGGGACCUGCCGCUGGACAUGUGCUACCUCCCGGUCAGCGGCAACGAAGGGGGCCCCCGGGGGCCCCAACAGAUCCCCGCGUUGCACAGAUCCUGCGGGGCGCGGGGCUCCCACGGGGGGGAGCUGCCCAUCACACCCCACGACAGCCCGGACCGGCGGCGGGUGGUGUCGGCCCCCAGUGGGGAGACGGGGGACCCCGCUCAGUGGCACCCGGAAAAGCUGAACUCGAAUAGUAACAACGCCACCUGCAAGGCCACCCCCGGGCACCUGAAGCGCACCCACACGUUCAACAGCGGGGAGGGCCCGGCGGGGUACGCCCGGGCACAGCAACGGCCGCCCACGCUGGGCCCCCAGCACUCGCUCACGGACUUCAGCCACCUCCUGAAAUAUGGGGGCCUCGAGCAGACUCCCUCCUCGGUCAAAUAGGAGAGCCGGCCCCCCCCGGGUGUGUGUGGCUUGGCUUGGUGACCCCCCUUUCCUGGCCGAACAGGGGAGGUUGGGGUUCGCGGUGGCAAAGUGGAGGGGCGAGAGACGGACACGGAGACCCUCGUUCCCCUCUGGGGAGGGACCGAGGGCGGGGACCCAUGCUCCCCCCCUCCCCUGGUAUACGGAUUGUCGGGGAGACGGGGGGGAGGUUAAGCAGAGAGAGGAUGCCAGAGGCAGGGGGGAAAGGGGGGGGAACGGACCCUCUUCUGUGUACAUCUCCGUGUGUUUUCGAGGGCCCCCCCAUCCCGUCCAUUCUCCGUUGGACCCUUCCUCAAUUUUACGUGGCUCCUACUUCCCUCCCCCCACAAAGACAGGCGACCGGUGGAUGAGGGGACGCUCCCAAAUCCACUCUGGAAAAGCUCUCUUAUUAGAAUAAUAAUUAUUAAUCUUACGGCAACGGGACAGGAUGGAACAGUGGUCACAGCAGGAGGGCAGACACCACAGCCCGUCUCGGCUGCUCGAGAAGACGGAGAAGACCGCCCGCCAGAUUUGAAGGCCGUCUCCUCAGUUGCUCUCCCUCCCCAUCCCUUUCUUUCUCUCCUUUUUCCCCCCCCUCUUUGGGGAACAGUUGGGGGCUGGACGCAUGGUAUGAGAUUGUGAAAGGGUUUUUUUUUGUUUUGUUUUGUUUUUUAUGAUAUGAAUUAACAACCAGAUCCUCCUUAUAAGCCAGGUUUUGAAUUUCCCUCCUUCUCGGGGGACAGUUGGGAUUUUUAGGUACGCACACGCAAAACUGUACAUUCCGGAUUAACCUAGGAGGAAAUGGGGUUCGAAGGAGGGUUCUUUUCUCAUAGGGGGUGCAUCCGCACACCCCGGCAGCUUCCCCCCCUUUACAGGAUCAAGAAUCGUCUCUUGUUCCCGGUUUUCAAACGGUGCUACCAGUGAGCAAAACAGGAGUGCGACAACGCCCCUCGGUUUAAUCAUUCCUGUCAAUGCUGCAGGUUUCUUACUCCCUUUGACAAAAACUUUUGGGGUGCUCUGGCUGUGACCCCCCCUCCCAGACGUUUCUGUUGUGUUCGGAGGCAUGGCUUGCUGCCAGUAAGACAGGAAGAGGUGGCUGCCAUGGAAUGCCCAUAAGCACUACAACCGCUCUGUCCGCAGGGGAAAAGUUAAGGAUCUGGGGACUGGACCGUCUGGGUGCUGCGUACGUUGCAGGGAUGGGGAAAGAGUUCCUUUCAGCAAUUUCCAUGUUUUCCCCACAUUUGAGCUGGGAAAGUGGGGGGGGCGGGAAGGAGAGGGAGGAUCAGCAACCCGGGUGUCCAUGGUAGCUCCGUACGAGUCGACUGGUCCACCACCAUGCACACGUAAGAAAGCUCCAGCAUCCCCCUCCCUGGGCAUCGCCUCUUCUCUCACAGGGAAAAAAAUAUAUAUAUCUUAAUAAGCACACUGACUAAAGAGUGUGGGAAGCAUGCACGGCCCGCGGGAUAACAUAGCGGGCCAGUAUGACGCCACUUCUCUCGUGACCUGUGCUCGCCGCCCGGUGACUUUUCAUCUUCUAAAUAUGCGCGUCUCCUGCAUGCUACAGCAGUACAAACUUGUCUGUAUCGCUCUGUGGGAAACAAAUCCAUUAUUUUUUUUCCGUCCAAUAAACUUUUGUU